AUGACGCGGGCCGAGCAGACCCAGGCGCGGGAGCAGGCGGAGCUCGUCGAGCUGCGCCUCGAGGAGUCGCGGCGCGCCACCAGCGAGAGGGCCACGGCGAAGGCGAAGGUGGAACUCGAUGACGUCAGGGAACGCCGCGCGGCCGCGCUCGCGGACCUGCGGGAGGCGCGAACGGAGGCCGAGUCGCUGGAGAAGGCGCGCGCGCUCCGCGGCCGAGGCGGGCGCGGGCGCGGGAGUCACUGGAGAAGGAGCUGA